AUGGGAUCAAUGUAUGGCUGUCACUGCUUUAUCUGCGACUACAUUGGGGAAAAAAGAGGGAGUUGUAAAGACAAAUGCCCAGUGAGCACGCCAGAUUGUGUGAACUGUGAUGGAUGCAAUCGCAAUCUGGAGAGAGGAGGAAACGGAGAGAGAAAGCCGAGUACGAGUGAGAAGCCAGGCAACAUCAGAAAUGGACCAGAACCGACACAUUUGCCGCAGUACCAAUGUCCACACAGGAAACUUGCGAGGGCAGGAGAAGACGAAGUGUUAGAGAGACUCUACCGCAGAGAGACGCGUACUAAACGACGUGCUCUUCAUGCAAUAACAAAUCGGGCAAAGGCAUAUCAAUGUAUAGCAUCAACCCCCACCCUCCGUACCAGUUGA